AUGCCAGUAAUUGACCCCAUGAUUCCCUCCACCAUUCACGGGAUCCAAGGAAUCAACCCUACAGUCUCGCACGCAUCUGAGGCAUUACUGACUUAUGAGUCUUCCGAUAAUCACCAUACAAGGAUCAUGAUACUAUAUGACCCUGACUCAAGGACGCUCAGAUCAGCUUCUGCUUCCAUCAAGAUGAACACCGCCAUAGAUCUUCAGCCAAGUGUCCUUACAAGUACAACUACAGCUACGGCCUCCUCUGCUCCUACUUCUACUCCUGCUCUUGCGAUCCCGCCUAUUGGUGUACUCAAUGCUGAUACUACUUCUGCUGUUACCCUUACUGCUGCACCUACCCCUCUUGACUCUGCCUCCGUUGCUCAUUCAGCUCCCCAUGCAAUAACGCUCCAAAUGGCUCCUUCGAUAUAUCCUGCGUAUAUGGUUCCUGCGAAUAUGGCUCUCAAGUAUGAGCUGCUUGGAGUAGCACCGCCACCAGUGCCACCAGCGCCACCAUCAUCACCUCAGACAUCUCAGACAGAUUCGUCUUUGUCCGCCGCUUCCUCUUCCUCUCCCGCGGCUACCACUACAACUACUAAUACUAUAGCCAACGCUACCUCGGCCUUAUCGGCAUUACAGUUCAGCGCUGGCGGCAAUGGUGGUAACGACGCCUCAAACGAUAAUGAUAGUAAUAACGAUAAUUGUACGUGGACUUUAUUCAGGACAUGUCAACAAAAGGACUCAAAAUUGACAAAAGGUCUGACCUUCGUAGCCUUGACUUUAAUAAUCAUCGUCAUUUACUUCAAAUAG